UGCAGGCAUUGGCGGUGGGCACACAUCACAAACAGAUUUUAACUAUUGAAAGUUUAAAAGUAUGUAUAUAAUUUUUAUUUUUAUUUUUUCUUUUUUUUUAGCAACUGCUACAUUGUCGAUUCAAAUCUAAAGAAAUUACAAAAUUUGAUCAAAAAAUGUCUGAAAAAAGAGGUAGGAGCAAAAAAGCUUGUCCUCCAACCAGGCGACGACGAAUUGAAGAAGUGUCUCCGUCUUCAAGUGAUUCCACAAGCCCAAGGCCAUCACCAAGGCCGCAAAGUUCAGAGGAAUCACAGGGUUCACCACGGGGAGGUGUAGCUGGUAUGGACCAGGACCGGACUGAAGAAACUUCAUCAAGAUCCGCCGUGCAGAAUCCCCCAGUCCCCUCCAGAGGCCGUGGGAGAGGCCGUGGCGGUCGGAGAUGUGUGUCUGCAGUCUCCGCCAGGGAAGAUAGGGAGUUCGUCAUUCACAGCAGUGACAAUGAACUCCUUAUCCAACUGGUGGAGGCUCGUCCCUCACUAUGGGACCCCUCCGACCGCCAACACGCCGACCAUCAUCUCACCCAGCGGCUCUGGAGGGAUAUUGGCGAGGAAUUCGUCUCUGGCUGGGAGGAUCUCUCUGCGGCGGACCAAAAAGAAUAUGUGGACAAGAUUAUCACUCGGUGGCGGUCAAUCCGGGACCGCUUCAAGAGAGAGUACAAUCGUGAGGUUCACGCCCCGAGUGGCUCUGGAGCCAGACCACAGAAGCCCUACGCCCACAAUGAGGCGUUGGGGUUUCUGCGUCCGACGCUGGGCCUUCGAAGAACUACCAGCAGCACUCGGGAGCCUGAACCCUCUCUUGAAGCGGACCCAGGACCGGCCGCCACCACCAGCCCUCCUGUCCCUCAUUCACCUGUUCGGGUCAAUCCUGGUCCCCUACCUGGUCCCUCUUUUCAACGUACGCUCUCAAGAUGGCGAGAAAAUGUGAGAGCUACGUUGAAUCGCAGGAGACCAGGUAGGAGCCGUCGGGAAGACUAUGGGGACCUUGUAGAGAUCGUUUCUGAUGCUCUGGAAGGUUUCGCAGAAGACAUGCGUCGAGUUGUGGAAGACUUGGCACGCCGAGGGGAGGGGGCGGAGUCGGCACGUCAACUCUCCCAACACGAACAUUUCCUGCAAACCAUGGUCCCCCGGAUGGACCAAAUGAAUCCUGAGCAGGUGCAUGAGUUCCGUAUUAUGAUGGAGAAUGCGUCGUGGGAAAUCCUGCACCGCCCCCCACCCACUACCUACCCCCCACCCACUACCUACCCCCCACCCACUACCUACCCCCCACCCACUACCUACCCCCCAACCCAUGUGUAUCAACACACUCAAAGUCUACCUUCCCAUUCACAUCAUCCUUCCCUUUCCCAACCCCCCGAGCAUGGGUACAAUCUACCUUCUUUUUCUGCAACUCCCUCUCCUCCUCGCUAUCAUGCUCCUACUUCUUUCCCCACUCAUUCUUUGUCCCAUGCUCGGGAACAAUCAACUCCCGACCCUUCCACUCACCACACCCCCAGAAAUCCUGCAUCCUUUCCCACGGCGCAUCAUUUUCAGUCCUCAUCUGAAGACAGGGGGGCUUCUGCCGCUGUUCCAGGACGGUCCACUCCCCAACGCUACACCUCCCCUAAACGUUUUACCAAGUUCUAA